AUGAGGGACCUGCUCGAUGAAUUUAUGACGUUUGUGCGGGAACAUGGUGGUGUGCCUUUUGCACAUAUGGAUGUUAAAGGUGAGAUCACAGACAUGGGAAGUGAGCAUUACUGCCUAAGGUGGAACAAUCAUCAGAGCAACUUACUUGGUGUAUUCAGUCAACUUCUACAAGACGAGAGCCUUGUCGACGUGACCCUUGCUUGUGCUGAAGGACAUUCUAUCAGAGCUCAUAAGGUUGUACUAUCAGCUUGCUCCUCAUACUUUCAGACCCUGUUUGUGGAUCACCCUACCCGACACCCUAUCGUCAUUUUGAAAGACGUGAGAUUUGCUGAAUUAAGGACUCUUGUGGAAUUCAUGUAUAAGGGAGAAGUAAACGUAGAAUAUUGCCAGUUGUCAGCACUUCUGAAGACAGCUGAAAGUUUGAAGGUGAAGGGGCUAGCAGAAAUGACAAACCUUAAUUCAACAAGAGACGAUAGGAGUGAGGGUCAGCAACAGAAACACAGUAGUAGCACAGCUACAGUCAGCGCAUCAGACACACCCAUGACACCUGAACUUGUAACGAAGAGACUUCUGAACGAAGAUGUGAGAACGCCUCCACCUGGAGGAAGUAUAUCUCCUCCACCGCCUCCAGCCAAAAGAGCUUCAAGAGGUCACCAGGAUUCAGUUUGUGAGGAUAACGAAAGCUGUGAUGAAGGUGGUGGAGGGAGAGUCAAUACUCCAGAAGCUGAUGACCUGUCCUCAUCUGUUCAUGGUGGUUGUGCCGGACCAAGCGACAUGUCAAUAUCUAACAGUGCAACCUCAUGCAAUCCGCCCGCUCCUGCAGCCACUGCCACAUGUUCUGCAAGUACCAGUCGACUGCCAUCUCCCCACAGCAGUGAGCCUUUGCCUGGCCCCUCUGGCAUGCUUCCUGUGCAGCAAGUCCCUCUAUCGUUGAAAAAAGAAGUUGAUUGGGAUCGAAGUGUUGGUGAUGAUAAAAGCACGACGGGAGAAAGUUCCUCAGAUUACAGGCAUCCUCAUGAUACGGAGGCAAUGGGGGGAUCAGAGCCCCCAGAGAGCCACUCCCCGCGCUUGUACUCGUGUAUGUAUUGCGGAGCCUCCUUUCCAUACCAGAGCAAACUCACUCGCCACAUCCUAUCCCAUAGUCUGGAGACGUUGAAGUAUCGUGAGCAGGUUCACAUGCAUCCACAUCAAUCACUGGUGUCUAUGGCCACUGGCAUGAUGGAGCCUUUGAACCUCAUGGAGAGUCAUUUUGGAGGACGGCCGCCUCCUCCUCAUGAUAUCUUGGAACCUCCUCAGUCUCAUGAAAACUCGGCCAUGGAACUAGACUUUUCAACAAGUGGUCUUGGUGAAGUUGGAACAUCGUCUAAUGUGGUUCUGUGCAAGUUUUGUGGCAAGUCCUUUCCAGACGUCAGUUCCCUCAUCACACAUCUACCGGUUCAUACUGGCGACCGCCCUUUCAAGUGCGAGUUUUGCGGCAAGGCUUUUAAGCUACGACAUCACAUGAAGGACCAUUGCCGUGUCCAUACUGGUGAACGGCCAUUUCGAUGUUCACUCUGUGGCAAGACGUUUUCACGAUCCACCAUCCUGAAGGCUCACGAGAAGACCCACUACCCGAAGUAUGUCAGGAAGUUCCUUUCCCCCAGCCCAGUCGACACAGAAGAGGAAUCUCCACAGCAAUAAUGACACAGGAAAUUUAAAUUAUAUGUAUUUCCAAAGUGCCCCCCUUGUACUAUUCCGUAGAAUUUAACCUUGCAUACAGGGAAAUGCAUUAUUUACACUAGAGUAUUAGAAAGAUUAUUGGUUAUUUUGAUAGAUUUUUAAAAUGGGAUAUAUACAUGGUUAAAUCUUUUCGGAAUUGUACAGGCUGCUCCAAGGCGAGUUCUUGUGUUAGCAAGGAUUAUUUGUACGUAAAAUGUUUAAGUGUUUUGAUGAAAACACUCUAAAAAUUAUUCAUCAUAAAGAGUGCUUUAAAAAGAGCUAGCUUAAUUCCAUUAUUAAAAAUGUUUUUGCUGCCCAGUUGGUGCUUGUGGUAUAAAACGGAGCCCUUGGUCUAGAAAGGCAAUCUAUUGAAUUAGUGCAAGCUAUGCUACGAGUAAUUUUAGAGAAAUUGAACAAUUGGAGUUGUGGUAGGAAAAAAGUGUUCUAGUCUGCAACAGGCAUUUGGUUAGUUCUACAGUUUUAGUUAGAAUUGCAAAAUUAUUUAACAUUGCUAAAUUUAAUUUAUGCUUAUAUUGCAACAAAAUCGAUAACCAUGUUAUGGGAAAUUGUUAAAGUAUAUUCAUAGUUGGGUGUUUUAGAAAAUAUAAAUAAUGUAAUUUGGAGUACAUUUGUAAUCAUGUUAGUAUAAAAAAGUUAGACUGGUGUAUCAGUAGAAAAUCCAGUGUGAGGCCCAAUAGAUUUUGUACAAAAUUUCACCAUAGGUUGCUUGCUCACCACCACCGUAUGUGACAGUAAUUGCAUAUUUAGUAUUCACAAUGUGAAUUGAAGAAAUGAAAGUGCUUUACAUGAUGAUAUAAAUUAUUCUGUGUACAUAAACUUUUCUGAAGCACUGUGCUUUAUUUAAAAUUUAUAAUGAAAGAGCAUUAAAUUAUAUAACAUUACAAACCCACUGGGUCAUAAACCACCAAUGUUAAAUGUCGCGGUAGCAAUCACCUGUAGAAACUAUAGGCACCAGUAUUUACUCAUUUCCAAGAGCCUAUUUUUUCUUCCAAUCUCGUCUUGUAUUGAGUGCCACAAGUUACGGAUUAUAUAAAAGUUGCAUUGGCAACUGGUAUCUCAUUCUUGGAAAACUCUUUUUUACUUUUAUACCUGUGAUUUUUUUAUUUGAUCAUAUAAUCCAAGAAGUGUUUGGUUUUUGAAGUUCACUUCUUAUUUGUAGAACGAUGUUAACAUUUUCCUACUCAGUACUGUAACAGCUGUGAUAGAAUACCCGUUUGUAGAUUCUCACAAUGUCAUGAAGGAGAUGAAUACUGGCUUGCUGCUGGUUCACAAGCUUCAGUGCAGUAGUUCUUGAAUUAUUUAAAAUGAAAACAACUGAAUUUAGAGAGAAUAUUGGAAUACUUUUGUGGCUGUGACACUAGUUACGUUUUGAGAAGCUCUUAAAAGAAACUAGUUAACAUUUUUACAUAUCAUAUACACUCAUACUUGGAAGGUUUUUUGAGAAUUGCUGCUUUCAUUUUAUCUCAUGCUUCUCGACUACUUCUACUUAAAAGCACGUGUGUAGUUUGCCUGCACACUCCGUGUGUGAAUGGGUGCAGAUUUGCAUGAAUUCAAGCAUUGAAGCAACAUUUCAUUGUCUUUAUGAACACAGAAAAAACUAAGAUACGUCUGAGUGCUCAAUUGUUUGUAUGCAUUUUAAAGGCAAUAUCAUGCCUUACCAUUUCUUUAUCAUAAUUUUUGUUAGGUUUUUUUAAAAAUAGAUUUUAGGUGUGUAAUUAAUAUGUACUUUUAAACCUAUAUUUUUAAACAUGCAUUGAAUCAAUGGAGAAUUUUUGUUCUUUUAAUAGGCAGUAGAUACUUGUUACCAAAUUGGAAAAGUUUAUUUUAAUGAAAUUCAACGAUGUGUUUUGUCAAUCUUAUCCUAACAUAAACAUUCAGACACUUUGAGAAGUACUAUAAUUUUUCAUUCUUGAGAGUAUGCACUCAGAUACCUGAAAUACUUGCAAACUAUUAAACUUUAUUCUUGUCAGUGAGUAAAUAUGGUGCAUAGUACACAAAUUAUAUAUUAUCUACAUAUAUUAUAUAAAAUUAUCAAAAAGAACUGAUCUUCCAUAUACAUAUGAUAAUGAAUAUUGCAUUUCCACGAGUUGUUGAAAGGGUUAAACCAGUUUGUUGAAAGGUUAAAUAUGUGAACAGAAGCAUUCCACUUCUGCCGAAGACAAUUUUUUUAUAAACAUAGAAAGUCUUAAAAAACUGGAGUUAUUUCCAUUGUGAUAGUUGCCUGGAGCUGUCAUGCUGUUGUGUACACUUUAAGUUGUAGAGAUUAUUUCACAGUAUUAUUGCCCCGAGAAUUUUGUGGAGUGAGAAUUAUAGUGAGACUGCUGUGUCAACCAGUUGGAACGUUGAAUACACUCGCUAUCCUGCAGCAGUUGGAUGUGAUACUAUAUUAAUUACUAUAAUAUUAGUUGUUAAUUAUUAGAUAUACCUAGCCUUUGCUUUAUUUAAUGUUGAAGAGGGAAGAGAGGGGAUACAGAUGGUUUAUUGUUGAUGGUAGAUAUAUAAAUUAUGCCAUCGGUUAUUUUUGUCACAAACAGCUAUAGAGAAAUGGUUGUAUGUGACUAGUCAACUUAAAGAAAAAGUUCCUGAGAUUUAUAAUAGCGAAUGUUGUGGUGCUUUUUUAGAGUGCACUUUGAAAAAAAAUACAUCUCACCUAGGAGUGGGUGUAGACACUUAGCUGAAAGUAAGCUAAGCUGUUUUGUAAUUUUUUUUAAUCCAAAUGGGAGUUGCAACUUGCAUGCCAUGUCGCGCCCCACCUAGAAUGCUAGAUGCUGGCUGCUGUUAUGCGAGAUAAUAAUGGUUUUUGAAUGAGAGUCUGGGUUUUGUGGACUUAUCUGCCUGAAAAAAAUUUUAACUUCUGAAAUUUUUAGAGUGAUACUUUUCAUCUUCACAAACCUAAAAUAGUUUCCUUCAUUUCUCAAUGUUUCGUUUAAUUGAGCAAUAUGAUCACACUGCACUGGCACGGGCUGGUGGGUUGAACGAAUAGAAUGUGCCUGGAGAUUCUAAUUCUCAUGUUCUUAACUUAUUAUUGCAGACACAGCAACACUCAAUUCCGUGCCUCAGAAGUUAAAGGUUGUUUGAUACUUUCAUAAAUUGUAAGGUAGAAAAUGGGAUGUUAGGGAAUUUGGAAAAAGACUUUUGCAGUUUAUACUAAUUGAAGAAGAGUCAUAUCACACAAGCAUUUUUAAUAUUUCGAGUAUAGCAUUAAGCAUGGGCCAGAGAGGUCAACCUUUCCCUCCUGAGGGAUUUAUCUGUGGAGCGUGUCUUAUCUGGGUGUUGAACCUGCCAUUGGUCGGUAUGGUGUGCAACUACGGUCCUGUACCGCCUCCCAUCUCAACUGACGGCAGCCGUAGGUCCUACUGUAGGUGUGUUAGUGGUACAGAGUAGUUGUAGUGUUUUGGAAAUGUAUAACACCCCUUACCCUAUGUUCACUGUACAUUGGUUAGCAUGCCACAAGUACACAUACACAAAGCUUUGUCACUGUAGAAAACAAAGUAUUUGAGAAGCUUCUCUGUAGUGUCUUCUAGCUUAAUGGUUUAAUUACAGUUUAAUUUAAUACAAUAGUUAAUGCAAUAGUACUUAGGUUAAUGUAAAAAGCAGAUCACCAGCAGACUGUUUUCUCUGGAUUACAAGUGGAGUGCUUGUAUCAAUGACUUCAGUUAACAAAUUAUACUGUGUUGUCUGCAGCAAUCUUUGCUGUUUUGAUUACAUAGCCAAAUACAUUCUUAAAACAUUAAGAAAUACAGUCAAAAAUAAUAUGUUUAUGGAUUCAUACCAUUAAUGAAAUUGUAUGUAUUUUUUAAGAGAAAUUUUAUGUAACUAUGCCCACCAUAUGUUGGAGCCAAAGCUAUAUUAUUUUUCUUGAGGCAAUUUCAGGGUAAAACAUUGUUUUAUUUAUGUCAUCAAUGUUCUGACCACAAACCAGAAAUUGCUCUUGGUUGUACAAGUCCUGUGAAUAGCAUGUACUGUUCAUUUUAAAGUAUUUUUGAAGGUAGAAGUGUUGAGCAUACACAGGUAUUAAUAGCUUAAUACAUGACUGAAUUAUUUUAUUUAGUUAUCAUCUCUUAUUGCUUUGUAUGUGGGUCUGGGACUUUAGUUGUUUGUUAGCUUACCUUAUGGAUUAUCAGCAUUUACAUGCACUUUUCUCCUGAUAGCAAUACGUUUGGCAAUAUUACUUGUUUAAAUAAAUUCUCUCCAAUUUCCAAAUAAUAAUAGCAAUAAUAUCAUAAAGAGUAUGUUUUAAGGUUCCAUGUGGGUUUUCUAUUGUACAAAUGAGAGACUGAGGACUGCAUAAUGCAUGGUGGAUGUGGGAUUAUCGGACAAUGGUCGUCUCUGUAGUCUAUUCAGACAUUUUUAAUUAUUUAAUUUCUUUGAUGUAUUCAUUAUGGAAUCUAUUGACUCAUUGCACACUAUACAUAGUUGGCGCAAUGAUUUUUUAGUAGAUUUUUACAUUCCACAAUCAUUAAUAGCACUUGUGCAGGAUUCUUUCUGACAGAAUGUGAUUGGUUGUCAUAUCCGUGUUGUGAAGGGACCAUCAGUUUCAAUAAGUGCCUCAUGACACACAAAAGUGGCCAUUGAAAGAAUAUAAUCCCUUUUUUGUUAACAGAGCCUUUUAUUUGAUUGUAUAUGAAUUGUAAAUAUAUAUAAAUAUAUUUAAAUUAUUUAUUAAUAUGUAUGUUGUAGAUUAGCUUAAUGUGAAUUAUUUAUUUGCAAGAGUUUAAAUUUGAAUAGUUUUGAACAUACAUUUUCUUCAUAUUUCCUGCUUCAUAUGAAAUGGUCACAUUCUGAAUACAAGUUAUUUGUGAAUGUGAAAUGCAUCCUGUAAACCAAGAGUUACAUUUUCUUUGGUUAUUGGUCAGAUAUUGCCUUAGUUAAAAUUACAAAGCACCCCUAAAGCAUUUUAUGUAAAAAAUUUGCUUUUAAAAAGAUGUAACCGAGGAGUCUGAUCACAAAAAUGUUUACUCCAUACGGAUUAUUAUGUUCAAAUUGUAAAGAAGGAUGUGACAGCACCCCAGGGAAGCUGCUUUUAUAAGGAUAUUAAACUGUAAUUCUAUUUUCUGAAACAUUUAUUUUUUUAGUUCAUUGUGAAGCUUGACAAAAUAUCACUCUAGUAAGUCAACUGUAUGUAGGGUUGAGGAAUGAUCUUUGGCAUAAGAUUGCAUGUAGGUGUCUACUUGAAAACAUUGUUUUAUUUUAACUCUAUAUUGCUUGUAUGCGACUCUUAAAAACUCAUUUACUUUCUCACCUCUUUUGUAAUGCACACAAUUGUCUUAUUUGAUCCUGCCUUAUUUUUAUUUAUUUGAACCUGCCUAAAAUUACUGAACCUGCUGAUCUGUGUCAGUUAAACUGAAUUUGUGGGUUAAUUUGUGAGAUAUUUGCUUUUCUCUUGCACUUUUGUAUAUACAGAGAUAAGUGGACACCUAUUGCGAAAUAAUGAAAUGAAUGGUUGUGAAGAAUAUACCAACAGAUAGUAUGCAUAUUAAAUCCUUCUCUGAUCAGAAUCCUAUUUUUAUUAAGAAAGAAAUUAAUACAUUUUCUGUAGUUUUUCAUUUUGUAGUACAGUGAAGCUGUGUUACUUUGAACUAGAGUAUACGGUAUGUGAUAGGUAUACAGGGUACAUUUGCAUUCUUUUCUAGAUCUGACAUUGGUUCCAUUUAUACUUACAAAAAUUAUAUCAAGCUGCAAGAAACAUAGAAAGGAAGUUUCAUUUUCUCAGAAACAUUAUGCUUCUAAUAAAUGAAUUCUUGGCAGCUACAAUGUGAACAGUUGUUCUUUUAAGAUAACUUAAAGUUAAUGUUCGAGCAUGCUAUUAGCCCAGAUGGAAUACUGAUGAACAAUACCAAUACUUCUCAAGAUGGGAAUGCACCAUCAUCUUUACCAAAUAGUACACUGGGUACCACUUUCUACAUCAGGAUGCUAUGCAUUUCAUUGCUCAUUUUACACAUCCUGUAAUAGCAUAAUGUUUUUGGCAGUUCAUAUGCAAUAUUGCAGGGUGUCCAGUUCGUACAUAUCACAUUCUCUGCCUUGUAACUUGAAUGUUACCAAGAAGUAUUGAGGUAUUACUUUGUGUUACAACCAUCUGGAGAGUAUUUCCAACUGGGUAUUUGCUUUCCUAAAGGAACAAGAACUUGUAGUUACAAAAGUUAAAAGUUACUGGUUUUGAAAAUAGAAGUCUUAGACUGCAAUUUUAUUAAAGUGUAGUGGCACAAUAUGGGCAAAUUUUUGCUGGGCACCAAGUGAUGUACUUUGUUAAGUAAUUAUGAUGUUAUGUUGAAGAGCAAUGCCUGUUUGUUGUUAAUGGUAAUAGAGUCUGUUAUAGGUAGAUGUUUUGUUUUAAUUUAUUAUCAUUGUUGAGUAAAAUCUUGUUGGUGCCCCAAUGCAAUAAGUAUUUACUGCCUGUGAAGUUUGUGCAUAAUUAUUUGUGUUCUUAAAAUGUACAACAGUUGUUCUUGUAUCUUAUUUUUAUUGAUGUGUUUUGAUAAAAUGUUAGGUUUGGAGGGAUUGAGAAACCAUUAUCAUUGUCUACUUGAAGACAAUUAAAGAAAAUUUUGAAAUUAAAUAAUUUUGUAUGAUGUUUCUACCCAAAAAUAGACACACUCUGUUUAUCAAAUUCUUUCAACCUCUGCACCAGGAAAGUAACAUGUUCCUUCUAUUGAGUGAUGAAUAUUUCGUGUAAGGGCAGUAGGUGCUUUGCAUUGGCAUCAGCAUAGGUCAGCAUUGAAGGGUAGCCUGAAAAGUGAAUCAAACCUAGUUUCACUUUCCAGCUUCUUGUGUGGAUUUGAGAUAAUUAUAUUCAAAUGCAUUGAAAUGAUUCACUUUAGUUUUCAAUUCCCUACUGAUGUUUAUGAAUUUGAAGUUGAAUAUUUUCAAGGUCAACCAGUCAUUGAAAUGCAGAAUGAAAGAUCAUGUUAAGUGUAUUUUUGAAAUGGAAUGGCUGACUUAGUUUCCAGUGUUCUAUUUUCGAGUUAACAAUGAUGGCAACUACUAGCAGAGGCAGUAUGGUCAUUCAAAAACUGCCCUUUAUGAUUGAGGUAUGAAGCCGACUUCAUUUUGGCUGUGGCUUGCCUUGGUACAAGAAUACUGUUCCCUGACUGAAGUUGUAUUUUUCUAAGCGUGAAGUUUAUUGAAGAAAAAGUUAAUGUAUUUGCAAGACGUGUUGAAUAUGUAUAUGAGUUAGACACACAUACAAGAAACAUAUAUGAAUUACAGAUAAAAACUGUGAUAGUCUGUGAUGAGAUUCUAAUGUGCAGCUUAUUUGUAUAAAAAUAAAAAUAGGUCUUAUAACAGAGUGAUUUGCAUAAAUUUUUUAAAUAUGCUGUUUCAGUUUUAAAAAUUUUAAACAAAAGUUCAACAUUUCAGACUUCUUUUCGACAAAAAAUUGUUGAUGGAUUUUAUCUCCCAACUAAUGACUCCUAUAACCUUGCACACAAAAUCACUAUGUAGUAAUGUGCUUACAUAAUCUUCAUUAUCUUUCAUUAGAAGGCAAAAAUUUUGAAAAUGCUGACACUAUUGUUUAAUAGUCAAGGCAUUUUCAUCCUCUAUGAUCAUAAUUUGGUUAUCAUAGGCAAGAUUUCCAAAGGAAACUACAGGUGUUUUUUUCUUGUUUAAGAAACUGAUUUUGCAUUAAAUGUCUAGGCAUCAUUUGCAUACAUUCAUGUGAAAUUGAAUUCAUAGUUCAAGUUUGGUUAGUUUGUGCUGCACUAAACAUACUUUCUGAAUUUAUAGCAGCGAAUAAUCCAAGUAAGGCUUUGUUUAUUCAGAUGUUGCUGUGCAGUUUCUUUGCAUUCAUUGGAAUACAUUUUUGUAUGUUGUGCCAUUCCAACUUAACAAUGUACCACCAGCAUUCUAGAGGAAGGGAUUUGUAUGCUUCAUAAUGCUGAGAGAUUUCUGGUUAUAUUUGUUGCUGUGAACAGUGCUUGUUUCCUGUGGCAUUAGAUCCACACGUGUUGUCCACAAUAUUUUUUUGACUGAUGAUUUUUGAAACAUUGCUCUGUAAAGUAAUCCAAUUGCCUAACCAUCUGGCCCUAAAUGAUUUUACUUCAGUGUGAUUUUACUAUCCCAUCCUCCAUGCAUUGCUAGUGUUCCACAUUAUUGAAUAGAAAUCCAAGUUCCUGAAGCUAAUAAUAUUGCUGGCCAACUUUUAAAUACUUCAAUUUGGAUGGGGGUAUAUAUACAAAGACUAGUGUAACAACUAAUAGAAACAAAGAGAAUAUCUGAAAUGAUUUUUUAUAUACAAAAGUUGCAAAUGAUGUCAUGUUGUGUUUUAUAAACCAUUCCAAAUUCAUGUACAUAUUAGAAUCAUUUACUUUGUGUAGAAAUUAUACUUAUAAAAAGUACAUUAUUCUAUGUACUUUGUAUUGAACCCCUGUCCAAAUUAAGUGCGACCAGAUCUAUCUCAUGUUCCUGUUUAGAAAUAAUUUGUAUCCAUGUCCUUAAGUGCACUCAUAUGGAUCUGCUUUUUUAAAAUAUUCUAAGUCAGUUGCAAAUUCCUAUGCUUAUGUAUCUUUGUUUAAAAAGUUGUGAUAUUUGCUUUUGUUUUCACACACUGUUGUUAUAGAAGUUAUGUUUGCCAUUCUGCAGCUUUAUUUUUAAGCUCUUUCAAAACAAAACAUGCAUAUCAUAGCUGUAAAGAGGUUUUGACAAAUAAAAUGCUGUAAAAAGUGUUGUGUAAUGGUUCACCUUGAAUACUGCGCAGUAGAGUAUUAUUGAACUGGUGUUAAUAAUUGAUUAUAGAGAGAAAUGUAUGGUGUCAAGCUCUCAUAGUUAAAAAUGACAAAUACAUCAAAUUUAGUGAUAUCUGAUGGUAACAUAUCAUUUCAAAGAGACCUAAUUUCUUUCUCUGAUGACACAUUUCAAUUAAUUGAAUGCAGGUGGUGGGUGACUCCUCAACUAGGAUUUGUUUAGAAAAUUCCCACUUUUUUUUUUUUAAAAUUGAAUCUUAGUUCCGCAAUUUUGCCCUAGCCAUAGUGUCUGGUGAAUGUACUUGUUCAAAAGUUUUGUCAAGGAAUUCCUUGUAACGAAUUUAGUUUUGAUAUCCAAACACU